UCAACUGUGGCUUUCUUUCUGCAGGUUUCAUUUUGCUUCUGAAUUCCUGCCUUGUAGACAGCAAUGGCAGCCCGAGUUCUUGUGAUUGGCAGUGGAGGGAGGGAACAUACCCUGGCCUGGAAACUUGCACAGUCUCAUCAUGUCAAACAAGUGUUGGUUGCCCCAGGAAAUGCAGGCACUGCCAGUUCCGGAAAGAUCUCAAAUGCUGGGGUUGUUGAGGACCUGGCCUGUGCAGGCGUACGAUGCUUUGGCCCCACUGCACAAGCAGCCCAGUUAGAGUCCAGUAAAAAGUUUGCCAAAGAGUUUAUGGACCGACAUGGAAUCCCAACUGCGCAGUGGAAAGCCUUUACCAAGCCUGAAGAUGCCUGCAGCUUUAUUAUGAGCGCAAACUUCCCUGCUUUGGUUGUGAAGGCUAGUGGCCUUGCAGCUGGGAAAGGCGUGAUUGUUGCAAAGAACAAAGAGGAGGCCUGCAAAGCUGUACAGGAGAUCAUGCAAGAAAAGUCUUUUGGAGCGGCUGGAGAAACAGUGGUUGUGGAAGAGUUUCUGGACGGGGAAGAAGUGUCUUGUCUAUGUUUCACUGAUGGGAAGACAGUGGCCCCAAUGCCCCCAGCACAGGACCAUAAGCGAUUGCUGGAUGGAGACCAGGGCCCCAACACAGGGGGAAUGGGAGCCUAUUGCCCAACACCCCAGGUUCCUACAGAUUUGUUACUAAAAAUUAAGAACACUAUUCUUCAGAGAACAGUAGAUGGCAUGCGGCAGGAGGGUGCGCCUUACACAGGAAUUCUCUACGCUGGUAUAAUGCUGACUAAAGAUGGCCCAAAAGUUUUGGAGUUUAAUUGCCGUUUUGGUGAUCCAGAAUGCCAAGUAAUCCUCCCACUUCUUAAAAGUGACCUUUAUGAAGUGAUUCAGUCCACCCUAGAUGGCCUGCUGAGUACAUCUCUGCCUGUUUGGCUAGAAAACCACUCUGCCGUAACUGUUGUCAUGGCAAGUAAAGGGUACCCUGGAGCCUACGCCAAGGGUGUAGAGAUAACAGGGUUUCCUGAGGCCCAGGCUUUAGGGCUGCAGGUAUUUCAUGCAGGCACUGCUCUUAAAGAUGGCAAAGUGGUGACCAGUGGGGGCAGAGUCCUCACAGUAACAGCCGUCGGGGAAAAUCUUGUGUCAGCCCUUGAAGAAGCCAAGAAAGGACUCGCUGCUAUAAAGUUUGAGGGAGCAGUGUAUAGGAAGGAUAUUGGCUUCCGUGCUGUGGCCUUCCUCCAGCAGCCAAGGGGCCUGACUUACAAGGAAUCUGGGGUAGACAUUGCAGCUGGAAAUAUGCUGGUUAAGAAAAUUCAACCUUUGGCAAAAGCCACCUCCAGACCAGGUUGCAAUGUUGACCUUGGAGGCUUUGCUGGUCUUUUUGAUUUGAAAGCAGCUGGUUUCAAAGAUCCUCUUCUGGCCUCUGGAACAGAUGGUGUUGGGACUAAACUGAAGAUUGCCCAGCUGUGCAACAAGCAUGACACCAUUGGUCAGGAUUUGGUCGCCAUGUGUGUGAAUGACAUCCUAGCACAAGGAGCAGAGCCCCUCUUCUUCCUUGAUUACUUUUCCUGUGGGAAACUUGACCUCAGUACAACUGAAGCUGUUGUUGCUGGAAUUGCUGGAGCUUGUAGACAAGCUGACUGUGCUCUCCUGGGUGGGGAGACCGCAGAGAUGCCCGACAUGUACCCUCCUGGCGAGUAUGACCUGGCUGGGUUUGCUGUGGGUGCUAUGGAAAGGGAUCAGAAACUCCCUCGGCUCGAAAGGAUCACCGAAGGGGAUGUUGUCGUUGGAGUAGCUUCAUCUGGUCUUCACAGCAAUGGGUUUAGCCUUGUGAGGAAGAUCGUAGCGAGGUCUUCCCUCCAAUAUUCUUCUCCAGCGCCUGGUGGACAUGGUGACCAGACGUUAGGGGACUUACUUCUAACUCCAACCAGGAUCUACAGCCAUUCACUGUUGCCUAUCAUACGUUCAGGACGUGUCAAAGCCUUGGCUCACAUUACUGGAGGUGGACUGCUGGAGAACAUCCCCAGAGUCCUCCCCAAGAAGCUUGGGGUAGAUUUAGAUGCCUGCACCUGGAGGAUCCCCAAGGUCUUCUCAUGGUUACAGCAGGAAGGACAGCUCUCUGAAGAAGAAAUGGCCAGAACCUUCAACUGUGGGGUUGGAGCUGCCCUGGUGGUGUCUAAGGACCAGACAGACCAAAUCCUGCAUGACAUUCGGCAGCGCCAGGAGGAAGCCUGGGUGAUAGGCAGUGUCGUGGCCUGUCCUGAAGAUUCCCCUCGUGUCAGAGUCAAGAAUCUGAUGGAGGCCAUGCAAAUGAAUGGGGCGGUGGUGUCAAAUGGCUUCCUGAGAAGUCAUUUCCCUGCCCAGCAAAAGAAGUCGAGAGUGGCUGUCUUAAUAUCCGGGACAGGAUCGAACCUCCAAGCUCUCAUAGACAGCACUAAAGAUGCAAAGAGCUCCACACACAUCGUGGUUGUCAUCUCCAACAAAGCUGGGGUCGCUGGCCUAGACAAAGCAGAAAAAGCUGGCAUUCCCACCAGAGUAAUUAAUCAUAAAUUAUAUAAAAGUCGUGUUGAAUUUGACAAUGCUGUUGACCAGGUCCUGGAAGAGUUCUCUGUAGACAUAGUCUGUCUUGCAGGAUUCAUGAGAAUUCUCUCUGGCCCUUUUGUCAGAAAAUGGGACGGGAAAAUGCUCAACAUCCACCCGUCCUUGCUCCCUUCUUUUAAGGGAUCAAAUGCUCAUGAGCAAGUCCUGGAAGCUGGAGUCACGAUUACGGGCUGUACCGUACACUUUGUAGCUGAAGACGUAGAUGCAGGACAAAUCAUCCUGCAAGAAGCUGUCCCUGUGAAGAGGGACGACAGUGUUGCAACUCUGUCUGAAAGAGUCAAAGCCGCAGAGCAUAGAGUCUUCCCUGCAGCCCUGCAGCUGGUGGCCAGCGGGGCCGUGCGGCUUGGAGAAGACGGCAGGGUCCACUGGGCCAGAGAGCAGUGAGGCUCCCGGCUCAGCAAGGACGACUGUUUGCUGGGUGCCUUUUGUCUUUUCGCCAUGGUCUUGUCCCAAACUAAAAUAGGUUUAACAAAAAGACUUCAGCCCUUACCCGUUGCCAUUUUUUAAUAAACAGAUUCGUUAAAAACAAAA